UGCCCUUCUUCCCCUUUGUGUACAUUUAUUCUCCUGCCGACACUCCCCUGCCGGCACGCCUGGGAAUCGGUCUACCCGUCGGCUAUCGCUUCGAACAGGGCUGGAAAAACCUGCGCCAGCCCGGACACCCGUCGGCCAUAUUGGAAGAUGAACUCGUUGAAUAUACUGUCGUCCCGAGUCAUUGGCCAGUCUUCCAGUUCGAACCGCAGCCGUCAGCGAUCCCGUUCGCAAGGAGACCUCCCCCCAGCAACUUCACCGUCCGAUCUCUCCAAACUUAGGUCGUACAGUAGCAACGACUUCCAUUCGCCGGACGUCUUCGAAAAGAGCAGCGACGAUGGACUUGAGUUUGCACAAGAAGAGGACCCAUUUGGCCUUACAUUUAACGAGAAGUCGCCACUGAUACGAGGGCUUCAAAAAGACGGUUCGUUUGCUACAAGAAGUACACUCAGUCUAGUUACCCAGCGGUUUUUCGACGCGGUUGCCGAAACAAUCAAGUUCAUAUUGUCCACUUUGGCUGCACCCGGUAUAUUUGCAAUUCAAUGCUUUCGGGAGGAUGACGGGCGCUAUUCUCCUAUAGCCCCUGCGAGAAAGUUAGGUCGCUUUUUGUUUGGUUCCUCUCUGGCCAGUAGUGCAAGCCCGUCGGCCAAAGGCGCUAAACAGGCGGAGAGUAGACGACGGCCGGGUUCUACGCGGAAAUUGAAAAGCCACAGGUCGCGAGAUUCCAUUGCCUCAAGCACUUCUGAGUCUGAGGGGGAUCGCAAGGCCCUCAAGGGCCUUACAGGUAAUAAAAAUCGGUCGUCAAAGGGAAGAUCGCUAAAGUUGGAAAAUAUGUCAGACGAGAUCACUCCUCGUCGCUCCAUACGGAUCAAGCUCCAUAACGAGGAAGCCCUGAAACAACAGAGGCAACGUCGAACACAGAGUGUGGACCUCGGUCAGCAAUCGCAAACUGGGCCUCUCAAUCCAGAUAGUCUAAAAUCGCCAACAUCUUCUUCUGUGCACAGGGCUACAAGAUAUCCGCAUUCCCCCGUGCCUCCCCGGCCGUUGAUCCCACAUCGUCUACCAUCCUACGCUGCCACUUCGCGCACGUCUAGGGCCCCUCAGAAGACUUUGAUCCUAGAUCUGGACGAGACCCUCAUCCACUCGCUAGCCAAGGGAGGGCGCAUGUCCAGCGGCCACAUGGUUGAGGUCAAACUGGCCACGCCGAUGACGACUGCUCUCAGCCCGGGGGCGCCGCCGACAACGGUGGGGCCACAACAUCCCAUCCUGUAUUAUGUCCACAAGCGACCCCACUGUGAUGAGUUCCUGCGCAAGAUCUGCAAAUGGUAUAAGCUGGUCAUCUUUACUGCCAGUGUCCAAGAAUAUGCCGACCCAGUGAUCGACUGGCUGGAGCAAGAGCGAAAGUAUUUCCACGCGCGGUAUUACCGCCAACAUUGUACUUUCCGAAACGGGGCAUAUAUCAAGGACCUCAGUUCAGUGGAGCCUGACUUGAGCAAGGUGAUGAUCUUGGAUAACAGUCCUAUGAGCUAUAUUUUUCACGAAGAUAAUGCAAUUCCCAUUGAGGGCUGGAUCAACGACCCGACGGAUAACGGCCUACUCCAUCUCGUCCCUAUGCUAGAAGCUUUGCAAUAUGUGACCGACGUACGGGCCUUUUUGGCGUUACGUAGAGGAGAAACAGAAGCAUAGCCUAGAAGGGGAAUGGAAUUGAGCUCAAAACAUAGACAUUAUGAAGAAAAAGAAAAGAAAAAAAAAAAAGCAAAAGGAAAAGAAACCUAUGAAGGAGAAAGCGUAUAAAAGCGGAUGGAAGUCUUAUAAUGCAUUCAUUCAUAGCCCUUGUCAUGUGACUGUAAAAAAAGGCUGGCUAAAAAGGCCAGUAGCAUUACUUCAUACCCCCACAGCUUCUUCGUUUUUCUUAUUAUACCUCAUGGCCACCUAUAUUAUGUUCUUGUAAUUUUCCUCCUAUUCUUCUCUUCCCUGUUCCAUUGCUUCUUGUGCCUUUUUUU